CAGUUUGACAGCAGCACUGUCUCUCUAAAGAAAGCUCAGCUCUCACUUUUUUCUCAAGCUUUCUCAUUAUCGCUCUCAUUGUCUUCUGCUUUAGGAAAAGAGGGAGUGCAGUUCGUGUAUAGGGGCCUGUGUCUGGAAUAAGAAAGAAUAAAAAAAAGCAUCGUUCUCAUUGACUGGGAGAGAAAAAAGAGAAGACUCCUCUAGGUUUCCAAAGCGUUCUUACUGACCGACUUAUUUACAAGGAAUUGAAAUCAUCUAACUGGGUGUAUAGGUCAUGGGCUACUGUCUUACACUUUCUGGAUUUCUUGAAGGGAAAUCUUGAGGAGUCUUGAGCUUAUAAUCUUCCAGUCUGAGAUCAUCCCUCUGGCAGUUGUCUAAUAUUGGAGUGCAUAUACUUGUGUGGGUCUCUGGCAUACAGCAUUGAAAUAUGUGCAUCUGGUAGACGUUUGGCACCAGCAUAAACUGUAAUGAGCACCAUCAACCUGAGUUCCCUGUCCUGAGACGGCAACAACAGGAUGUACCUUGGAGGAAGGUCUCAGGAUAGAGAUUCAACUAACGUUCAAUCCUGCAAACUCAGGGUCUUCAACUCUAAAAAUAGUGAUUGGGGCUCAUAAAGGCUGUGAACAAACUGCUUCUGAGAAUUCAGAUCUGGUUAACUCACUGGGGUGUGUGAGCCAGUGAGAAUAAGCCUGCCAAAGGAUGCUGGUGCCAAUCUGUCAAACGAUGCACAUAGAUAGGCCAUUGGUGGUACUCCUGUGCUUCCUCUUCCUGGCUGAUGCUGAGACGCCACCAAAGUUUACACGAACUCCCGAAGACCAAACAGGUGUCUCGGGAGGAGUAGCAUCAUUCAUUUGCCAAGCAAUGGGAGAUCCACGACCUAAAAUUGUGUGGAACAAGAAGGGGAAGAAAGUCAGCAAUCAGAGAUUUGAGGUGAUAGAAUUUGAUGAUGGAUCUGGGUCUGUGCUAAGAAUUCAGCCUCUGCGCACUCCUCGAGACGAGGCUAUGUAUGAAUGUGUUGCCUCCAACAGUGUUGGGGAAACUAGUGCUUCCAGCAGACUCACUGUUUUACGUGAGGACCAGCUCCCUUCUGGUUUUCCCACCAUAGACAUGGGCCCCCAGUUGAAAGUGGUGGAGCGCACUCGCACAGCCACCAUGCUUUGUGCUGCCAGUGGAAACCCUGACCCAGAAAUAACAUGGUUCAAAGACUUCCUGCCUGUUGACACGAGCAACAACAAUGGCCGUAUCAAGCAGUUAAGAUCAGGUGGUACACCAAUAAGAGGUGCCCUCCAAAUUGAGCAGAGUGAAGAAUCUGACCAGGGAAAAUAUGAAUGUGUUGCAACCAACAGUGCAGGCACACGCUAUUCUUCUCCUGCCAAUCUUUAUGUCAGAGUGCGGCGUGUUCCACCUCGAUUUUCUAUCCCACCCACAAACCAUGAGAUAAUGCCUGGUGGCAGUGUAAAUAUCACAUGUGUGGCCGUGGGUUCACCGAUGCCAUAUGUGAAAUGGAUGCUAGGCGCAGAAGACCUGACUCCUGAGGAUGACAUGCCAAUAGGCAGAAACGUGCUGGAACUCACAGAUGUCAGGCAGUCUGCAAAUUACACAUGUGUGGCCAUGUCCACCCUCGGUGUUAUAGAGGCUUUCUCUCAAAUUACAGUGAAAGCAUUGCCAAAGCCCCCUGGAACACCAGUUGUGACAGAAAGCACAGCCACUAGCAUCACAUUGACUUGGGACUCUGGAAACCCAGAGCCUGUUUCUUAUUAUAUAAUUCAGCAUAAAGCUAAGCUAUCUGAAGAAGGCUACAAGGAGAUUGAUGGGGUAGCAACUACACGUUACAGUGUUGGUGGUCUCAGUCCAUACUCUGAAUAUGAGUUCAGAGUGGUGGCAGUGAACAAUAUCGGGAGAGGCCCACCGAGUGAGCCAGUGGAAACAAGGACAGCUGAGCAAGCCCCAAGUACAGCACCUCGGCAAGUUACAGCACGCAUGCUGAGUUCAAGUACAAUCCUGGUCCAGUGGGAGGAGCCGGAAGAGCCUAAUGGUCAGAUCCAGGGAUACAGGGUAUAUUACACUAUGGAUCCAAGUCAACAUGUCAACAAUUGGCAGAAACACAAUGUGGGGGACACUCGCAUCACAACAAUUAGUGGUCUUACCUCACAGAAAACCUAUCACAUUAAAGUUCUGGCAUUUACCUCAGUGGGCGAUGGGCCAUUGUCAAGUGACAUUCAGGUCAUAACAAAGACUGGAGUUCCACCUCAGCCAACUAACUUCAAGGCCGAAGCAAAAUCAGAAACCAGCAUUUUGUUGUCAUGGACACCCCCCAAAGCAGAUGCCAUUCUUGACUAUGAACUUGUUUACAAAAAAGGAGAACAAGGAGAAGAGCAACGUGUCACCUUUAAGGCUGACACAUCCUACUUAUUACAGGGCCUGAAACCCUUCAGUACCUAUUUCUUCCGACUAGCUGCCCGCUCCACAUAUGGCCAAGGCGCGGCUACAGCUGAAAUAUCAGCUGAGACCCCACAGACACAGCCCUCGGCUCCCCCGCAAGACAUCAGGUGCACAAGCCCCAGCUCCACCAGCAUUCUGGUAAGUUGGCUGCCACCACCAGUGGAACUGCAGAAUGGAGUCAUUACCAAGUAUUCUAUCCAGUAUGCUGCCAUCGAUGGAGAGGAUACCAGUCCCAGGCAAAUCUCAGACCUUCCCCCUGAAACCUCACACUACCUCUUGGAAGAUCUGGAAAAAUGGACAGAGUACAGAGUGACAGUGAGCGCCCACACAGAUGUUGGACCUGGCCCAGAAAGCUUACCCCUGCUUCUUCGCACCGACGAGGAUGUUCCCAGUGGUCCCCCUCGCAAAGUUGAGGUGGAGGCUGUCAACUCCACUUCAAUAAAAGUGACUUGGCGCUCGCCGGUCCCCAACAAGCAACAUGGUCAGAUCCGAGGCUAUCAGGUACAUUAUGUGAAGAUGGAUAAUGGAGAACCAAGAGGUCAGCCUUUGAUCAAGGACGUCAUGCUUGCAGAUGCACAGUUGGAAUUUGAUGAUGCUACUGAACAUGAGAUGAUAAUUUCUGGUCUGCAGCCUGAAACAACAUACUCUGUCACUGUGACAGCAUACACAACUAAAGGAGAUGGCGCUCGCAGCAAGCCCAAGUUGGUGUCAACAACAGGCGCAGUUCCAGGAAAACCCAGACUCCUCGUUAGUCCAACCCAAAUGAGUACUGCUCUAAUUCAGUGGCAUCCACCAGUGGAAACAUUUGGUCCUCUUCAUGGCUAUCGACUUAAAUAUGGUCGUAAAGACACAGAGGUCAUGACCACGUUAGAGUUUUCUGAAAAGGAAGACCACUUCACCAUCACAGAUAUUCAUAAAGGAGCAUCUUAUGUGUUUCGGCUUGCUGCCCGCAACAAAGUUGGCUUUGGAGAGGAGAUUGUGAAAGAAAUUUCUAUUUCAGAAGAUGUACCUAGUGGUUUUCCACAAAACAUUGCCACUGAUGGUAUCACUUCUUCAACAUUGCAGCUAAGCUGGUCACCACCUGUACUGUCAGAGCGUAAUGGUGUUAUUGUCAAAUACACUAUCCUCUACAAAGAUAUUAACAGUCCAUACAAUCCUUCUGAACUUAUUGUCAUGCCUCCUGAAACCAGCGUGACAAUCAGUGGCUUAAAAGCAGAUACCACAUAUGAUAUCAAAAUCCGUGCCUAUACCAGCAAAGGUCCUGGUCCCUAUAGCCCAAGUGUCCAGUUCAGGACACAACCAUUGGAUCAAGCAGUGUUUGCAAAAAAUUUUCAUGUGAAAGUCGCAAUGAAGACAUCAGUGUUGCUAACCUGGGAGAUUCCAGAAAAUUAUAACCCUGCCUUGCCAUUUACAAUUCUUUAUGACAAUAGCCAAAGUGUUGAGGUGGAUGGGAAAGUCACUCAGAAGCUUAUAACCAAUCUGCAGCCUGGAACCCAGUACUCUUUCUUGCUUACAAAUCGAGGUAACAGUGCUGGGGGUCUUCAACACAGAGUCUCAACAAUGACGGCUCCUGACGUCCUACGUACAAAGCCUUACUUCAUAGGGAAAACCAACUCUGAUGGCAUGUUGACCGUAGAACUUCCUACAGUCCAGACAACCGAAAAAGUGAAAGGAUACUACAUUAUUGUUGUGCCUUUAAAGAAACAACGUGGAAAGUUUGUGAAACCUUGGGACAAUCCAGAUGAGAUGAAUUUAGAAGAGGUACUCAAAGAGAUUAACAGAACAAGCAGAAGUCUUCGUUUCAAAAGGCAAGCUGAACCAAAGCCUUACAUUGCGGCGUACUUCAGAGAGCUUCCAUCUGAGUUUACACUUGGAGAUCAAAAGGUGUAUGGUGACUUUGAAAAUAAGCAACUUCAGAAUGGACAAGAAUACGUUUUCUUUGUUUUAGCUGUGCUGGAGAUAUCAGAGAAUACAAUGUAUGCUACCAGCCCAUAUUCAGAUCCCGUGGUUUCUGCUGAUAUCGAUCCUCAGCCCAUCAUCGAUGAAGAAGAAGGCCUGAUUUGGGUGGUUGGACCAGUGCUUGCAGUAGUCUUCAUCAUCUGCAUUGUCAUUGCCAUUCUCCUGUAUAAAAGAAAAAGAGCAGAGUCUGAUUCCAGAAAGAGCAGCAUUCCUAAUAGCAAAGAAAUCCCAUCUCAUCACCCAACUGACCCUGUGGAGCUCAGACGUCUCAACUUUCAGACACCAGGUUCAGGUGUCUUCGGUUACCCUGGUAACCUCCAUUCGUCAAGUAUGGUUAGCCAUCCACCAAUCCCCAUCCUGGAACUUGCUGAUCAUAUUGAACGUUUAAAGGCUAAUGACAACUUGAAGUUUUCACAGGAGUAUGAGUCUAUUGAUCCUGGACAGCAGUUCACCUGGGAGCACUCCAACUUAGAAGUUAAUAAACCAAAGAACAGAUACGCCAAUGUCAUUGCAUAUGACCAUUCCAGAGUACUGCUUUCUGCAAUUGAAGGCAUACCUGGAAGUGAUUAUGUCAAUUCCAAUUACAUUGAUGGAUACCGUAAACAAAAUGCAUACAUUGCAACUCAAGGUCCCCUUCCAGAGACUUUUGGUGAUUUUUGGAGAAUGAUUUGGGAGCAACGCAGCGCAAAUGUUGUUAUGAUGACUAAGUUAGAAGAAAGAUCAAGGGUAAAAUGUGACCAGUACUGGCCAUCAAGAGGCACAGAGACGUACGGUCUAAUCCAAGUUACGCUGCUGGACACGGUGGAAUUGGCAACCUACUGUGUUAGGACAUUUGCACUUUACAAGAAUGGCUCUAGUGAAAAGAGAGAAGUGAGGCAAUUCCAGUUUACAGCAUGGCCUGACCAUGGAGUUCCUGAACAUCCAACACCAUUCCUAGCCUUUUUACGAAGGGUGAAAGCUUGUAAUCCACCAGAUGCAGGGCCUAUGGUUGUGCACUGCAGUGCUGGUGUCGGAAGAACUGGGUGCUUUAUUGUAAUAGAUGCCAUGUUGGAGAGAAUAAAACAUGAGAAGACUGUAGACAUUUAUGGCCAUGUUACUCUAAUGAGAGCCCAGAGGAAUUACAUGGUUCAGACGGAGGACCAAUAUAUCUUUAUCCAUGAUGCACUGCUGGAAGCAGUAACUUGUGGAACAACAGAAGUGCCAGCCAGAAAUCUAUAUGCAUACAUUCAAAAACUGACCCAGAUAGAAUCCGGGGAGAAUGUAACUGGGAUGGAACUGGAAUUUAAGCGUUUAGCUAACACUAAAGCUCAUACAUCACGAUUCAUCAGUGCCAAUCUUCCAUGUAACAAAUUUAAAAAUCGCCUUGUUAAUAUAAUGCCAUAUGAAUCCACAAGAGUAUGCCUACAGCCAAUUCGUGGAGUGGAAGGCUCAGACUAUAUAAAUGCCAGUUUUAUUGAUGGAUAUAGACAGCAGAAAGCCUACAUUGCCACACAGGGACCCUUAGCAGAGACUACAGAAGACUUCUGGAGAAUGCUUUGGGAACACAAUUCUACAAUUGUUGUCAUGCUCACAAAGCUCAGAGAGAUGGGGCGGGAAAAAUGCCACCAAUAUUGGCCUGCAGAGAGAUCGGCCAGGUAUCAGUACUUCGUAGUGGACCCCAUGGCGGAGUACAAUAUGCCUCAGUACAUUCUCAGAGAGUUCAAAGUGACAGAUGCAAGGGAUGGUCAGUCACGAACAGUAAGACAGUUCCAGUUUACUGACUGGCCUGAGCAAGGAGUGCCAAAAUCAGGCGAAGGGUUCAUUGACUUUAUAGGCCAAGUGCAUAAAACAAAAGAACAGUUUGGACAGGAUGGACCAAUAUCCGUCCACUGUAGUGCGGGUGUUGGGAGGACUGGUGUGUUUAUUACACUCAGUAUUGUCCUGGAAAGAAUGAGGUACGAGGGGGUUGUGGACAUCUUUCAAACUGUCAAAAUGUUGAGGACACAGCGGCCAGCCAUGGUUCAAACUGAGGAUCAAUACCAGUUCUGUUAUCGAGCUGGACUGGAGUACCUUGGAAGCUUUGAUCACUAUGCAACAUAAAAAGCUCAAUCCACCCUGGAUUUUACAGCAGGCCCUUUAAGAUCCAGUGAGCCUCUUCUGAGCCAUAUAUUUGUGCUUGAGAAGUACUUGUUAACUUCUAGCUAAAGACAAAAUAAGUGGAAUAUAAAAACAAAAUGAAUUAAAUAAACUAUUCCAGGUGGACCAAGAAUUUACCAUUUACCAAUCUGCCCCGAAUGAAUGGAGGAGUCCUGACUGCUGAGGCAGCUUAAAGGAAUGUUGUUUUUUUUCAGUUGCCUCAAGGAUUUUCUUUGUGUUGAAAUUUAUAUGGAAAAAAAAACAUAAUAUGGGCAGAACAUGUACUACUUUCGGGAUUACCUAAAAAAACUGAAUGCACAUUGUAAAAGUGAAUCUUGAAAGUAUUGCAAUCAGAUGCAAGUGGACUCUUCAUGAAAUGGACACCAGUUCUUGGUUAAUUACAAACAGAAGACACUGCUUCAACAAUGCCCCCUCCCCACACCAUAAUGCUCAUACGUAAAUAUUAGGGAGAACUGGGGAAUGUUUUAAAAUAAAGUUAUUGAUUUAGUUUUUUAGUACUGUAUUAUACUGCUGACCUGUGCUUCAUUUUUAACUGUGUAAACUUAUUUCCCUUUUUUUAACAAAGUUUAUCAUUUAAUGAAGUGAACUAAAACAAAUGGUUGCUUAAGUGUUACUUUUUUUUUAAUCUUGUAGAUUUUUUUUAAGCUGUAGACCAGUUAUAUGUAACAUCCGGCUGAGGAAAUAUUUUUUCCCCUUUUUUUUUUAUUUCAACUUGAGGGUGGAUUUUUGCACAUUCUUGUGCUCCUCAAUUUGAAUCCAUACUUUUUAAUAUGUUAUACAGUUUCAUUUUUCUCUCUUUGAUUUUCAGGGUUGCAUUUUUUUUUCUUUUUUUUUUUAGGAGAAUUUCCAUACAAAUCAUCAGAUAAACUGGGGCUUUGUGGAAUCAACAGGGAGGCGCACAGUAUAAAGUUGCUGCUACCAAUUAUCUUAGUUCUUCCAUAUUAAGGUGAUUUAAGCAGUUUGCCAAACUGCCUCAGAUGGGUGGGGAGGGGGGGUCGGGCGGGGGGAGGUACUUUAAAACAGCUUCCAUUAGGAGACGUUUGAGAUUACAGGGAAAAGAAGAGGAUGUUCACUGGAAUGCACAUCAUUAGGAUAUUAAAUGAAAUAAAUCAUAUUCCGAUACAGUGCAUCUUUUCUUGUGCAAUAAAUAGCUGUAUAAUAAAUAAGAUUUACAGUACGUACAGUAGUUCCUUUGUGAUCCAUUACAUAGUUCCGAUGUAAAAAAAGAGGAGAUUGUCAUGUCUCAUUAGGUGCACCAGUGUUUAGUGGUUUGUGCAGAAUGCUAAGCUCUUAGCAUAGGUCCGAACACUUUGUAGAUGUCAUUAUUGAUGUGAUAGGGCAAGGCAUACGAGUAUUUGUUCUCUUAAGGUACCAAUACGUUGAAAUAGCCUACUGUUUAUUGUUUAAUUUUGCAUUUAGAGUGCCUUAUAACUAAUGCCUGUUUUUUUUAUAAUGUUCCUUUCAAAAUUUAUGUAUUCUUACAUUAUUAUAGUUUAUAUCUAUUUCAACUUAAACCUAAAGUAUUACUUUUGAACUCGUAUAUGCAAAGAUCUCCAGGCAGUCUCCAGUUUUGAUGAUAUUAUGCCUACGUAAGGUCUUAACUGGAGACAGUCCUAGUACAGUUGUUUUCAGAAACUGGAAAGGAUUUCUAUUAAUUCUGACAAUAGGCUAUUGAUGACCCCUUUUACCUAAUUAUACACAUAGACAUGAAUGACGUUCUCAAGUAUAACGUCAUAAUCCUUUAAGGUUUAUAUGCACUUUUAAAAUUUGAAGCCUGUUAUAUGUAUUAUAUCAAAAGCUUUGGCAUUCGAAAAAUUUUUCUUUUCUUUUUUUUUCUUUUUUUAAAUUUAGCAUGUGGUAGUUUUGUGUCAGGGCAGCUCUGCCAGCUAGAUAAUGUGCGGAGGAAUUUGUUUAGUUGCUAGAAUGAGCUACUUCUUAAUCUUAGUUAUUUUGAAUGAAGACCAAACCUUAGCAGUAUGAAGCACUUUUUUUUUUCUUAUUUUUAAACAUAAUACGGAUGGCUACCUCUAGGUGGAUUUUGGAAAGCACUUCACGUUAUAGAAUGUGACGAGCAUUGCAUAGUUUUAGUACUACAAAAACUUUUUCAAAAGCCUUAUGAAAAUAACAAGGCACUGGGCAAAGUAGCGUAUCCUGAAGGAGACGUGUCCUUGGCAAGCUGGUCAAAAGCGUUUUCGUGGAGACUUGUCAACUGGACGCUCAUGUGGAUGCAGACAAUCGAAGGUGGGCAUAUGUUUGUACAGUUUAUACAUGAAAGCUGCAGAUGCACUGUGUAGAUUUCUGCUGGAAACUAGUGGCACACAUACAGUACACCUUCAUCGAUGCCAGCUUUCUUUUUGUCGAUGUGCAUUCCAGUUACUUUCUUUCCCUCAUUAUUGAUUUAGCUGUUCUACUAGGUUUCCACAAGUCACUUUGUCAACCUGCAGGCGUGUGUUGUUCUUGUUUUUUUUUUUUUUUAUCUCGUUCAUUUGGCAAUGCAUUUUUUUCCAGAUAUGUUUUUAAUUUUUAAUAGCAUAAUAAGUACGGUGCUAUUAUUUAACUACAACUGGAUGUAGGUAUCAUGUAAUUAUCACUUUCUAAUUACAGUACCUGUGUAACUUUGUAUUAGUCCAAUUAUCUUCUGUCCUUUUCAUUUUUUUUUUCUUUUUUCUUUUUUUGGUAUGCAUGCUAAAACAUUGCAAAUGGCCACAACGGGCCCUUUAGGACAAUUUGCACUUUCUAUAUCUUUGUACUAUGCACUGCCCUAUUGAUUCUAAACCCAAUAAUAUAUUACUUGAACCCAUCUGUAAGAAUUUACUUAAAAUUUCACUUGUUGUGUGUAUGUAAAUAACACAGAAAAAUUAAACAGACAAAGGAAAAAAAAAAUAUAUUAAAAAACGAAAUGCAUUUGUGGCAAAAAAAAAGCAUCCAUGUCUGGUGCCAGGAUACUCCAGCAGAAGAUUGCAGAAUCUGUCAUAACCAUCUGUUAUGUGGCUUUGCCAUUCAACCUUGGGAGUGUCAUUACAAAACUUAACGUUGUGUUCUCUCUCUCUCUCUCUCUCACACACUCUUCUCUCACUCCUCUCUCCCUUUCUCUCUUUCUCAGUCUCACUCACUCUCUCUCUCUCUCUCUCUGUUCUGGAUGCAUAGACUGAAAAUAAAUGAAAUUGUAAAAAAUGGCUUGUUAAAAAUCAUACAAUUACCUCUGAUUAGUAGUCACGUAAACGUUUUUCAGAAUGAAAGGAGUGCUUUUUAUUUUCUUACUUAGGUUAUAUUGGUGGCGAAAGAAGUCUGUAUGAAACUCAGUUCUUUGCUGACACAAGUUCCAUUUGUUACAAAUAAAUUCUAAUAAAAAAUCAGUGUUAUGCACCAUA